AUGCAUUCCAAUCAGAAGCAAUUCCGAUUGCUCGCUCUCACACAGCUGAUUUACAGUUUCUUUAAUAGUGAAUCCCCAGCUGAAACGCUGAGGUGCGACGUCGGUCAACAAUCGCAUCUGAUCUUCGAACAGCAACACCAAAUGGGAAAUAGUAGCGCGAAAUACGAUUUCGAGACGGGAUUAAGUGACUCCUGCUGGGAGCUAGUAAUAUCAUAUCUCGAUGUGAUCAGCCAAGUGCGUUUGGCUCAGGUCAGCAAACGACUCUACAGCAUCUUCAGGAACUAUGCAAAACGCCGCUACAAGCACUUGGAUGAAAAGCUAAUCCAAAUGCUGAGCGCUGAGGAGUUGGAGCAACUGCUGCAGCUGAUCGGGGACCAAGUGCAAAGCUAUGUGAAGUAUAGUUGCGGGCAUGCAUUCGAACAGCUCUAUAGACGCCACUUUGAGAUCAUCGUUCGGAACUGUAAGCACCUGGAACGAUUCGCCCUAUACAAGGUGUUGUUGUGCCCGGAGCUUAUGAGUCAAUUGAGCCAGCUGCAGCAUCUGUGGCUGCGGAUCGAUGCGGGCGCCCUGCGUUCUAGGCUGCUGGAAAGUCUUAUUCCACUGCAGCUAGAAGUGCUGGUACUACGGGGUCCGCAGCUGAAUGCAGAGGAAACGAAAUACAUUUGCAACAUCACAAGCCUAAAGGAACUGGAUAUCUGCUGUGCUCAAACACCCAUUGAGCAAUUCCUUAAGCUGCAACAGCUAGAAAAGCUUCACAUGGUGAUGCCUUGGAUUACAGAUGACCAGUUUUUGGCACUGAUAAAAGGACUGCAACGACUGCAAACUAUCUAUGUGCGUAAGUGUCCCUUAAUUAAUGAGCAGAUUGUGAGUCAAGCAUAUGCUUGGAUCAGUGCAAAUGAACAAAGAAGACAUAAACUCCAAAUCAGCUUGCAUAAAUCUGCCAUAAAAAUGGAUUUCCCUGAUGACAUUAUUUCAGAAAAAAACUAAUUCAGAAAAAGACAAUAUGUAACAGCAAUUAGAUAUAAGUUAUAAUAGACGCAUGUGUUCACAAAAUACUCUUUAAAUGACAACAUCUGAAAUGUAAUUUGAAAUAAUUAAGCGCUCGCCAUAAUCAUCGACUGACAUACUAUCGAUACGU